AUGGACGACGACUUCCUCUCCAACCUGCCGCCCGGAGGGGAUGUGAACGCCACCGGGCUGGACCCCCCCGGCUGGUGGGAAUCCUCGGACUCCGCGGAGUCGGUGCACUUCGCCGUGCGCUGCGUCAUGACCUCGGUGUACACGGGCAUCGUGAGCGUGGGGCUGCUGGGGAACAUCACGCUGGUGAAGAUCUUCGUGACGAACAGCGCCAUGCGCAGCGUGCCCAACAUCUUCAUCUCCAGCCUGGCGGCAGGAGACCUGCUGCUGCUCAUCACCUGCGUGCCCGUGGACGCCUUCCGCUACUUCUCCGAGGAGUGGGUGUUCGGCGAGGCGGCGUGCAAACUCAUCCCCGUCAUCCAGCUCACCUCGGUCGGCGUGUCCGUGUUCACGCUCACGGCGCUCAGCGCCGACAGGUACAAGGCCAUAGUGAACCCCAUGGACAUCCAGAAGUCCAGCGCUGUCUUCUGGACGUGUCUGAAAGCCGUUUCCAUCUGGCUGCUGUCCAUCUUGCUCGCUGUUCCUGAGGCCAUUUUCUCCCAAGUUGUCAACAUGCAGGGCAACAACACUAACGUCACCUUGUUGAACUGCGUGCCCUACCCGCUGUCCAAUCAGAUGCAUCCCAAGAUUCACUCUGUGAUGAUCUUCCUGGUGUACUUCCUGAUCCCUCUGACCAUCAUCUCGGUGUAUUAUUACCACAUCGCCCGCACGCUCAUCAAGAGUGCCCACGACAUGCCGGGCGAGGUCAGCGAACACACCAAGAGACAGAUGGAGACGAGGAAGCGUUUGGCCAAGAUUGUGUUGGUGUUCGUUGGCCUGUUCGCCCUGUGCUGGUUCCCCAACCACGUGCUCUACAUGUACCGCUCCUUCCACUACCACCAGAUGGAUCUGUCACUGGCUCACCUCGUCAUCACCCUGCUGGCCAGAGUCCUCAGCUUCUCUUCGUCCUGCGUCAACCCCUUCGCCCUCUACCUGCUCAGCGAGAGCUUCCGCAGACACUUCAACAGUCAGCUGCGAUGUGGUCGAGGUACCCGCCCCGAGCGCCACGCCAGCUACCUGCAUAGCACCUCCCACAUCCGUCUCACCUCCGUCAAGAAGCCCGCGCGCAACGCCGCAAAAAACGCUCCGGCAGCCAAUGGCAACUCCAACAGACAGGAAGUGGCUCUGUGAAGUGGGAGGCUGCGUUAUCUUUAGCUUCACCUCAUCCUGGGAGUUUUCUGCAAACAUUAUGACUCGUACAGCCCUGAGACCAGGAGAGGUAUUUGUGUGGAUGGAUGGAGGUAGCUCUACAGGCCUUGUUCCGGAUGAAUGAUUGUACCAAUUGCUCCUGUCACACUGGACUUCACCAUUUACAUCCUGAACUUGGUAACCAAACAAAAAGUGCCUCUUGGAAAUACAAGUUCAGACAUCAAAGGGGAUGGCAAAAUCCCAAACUAAAAAUAGUUAUUUUCUAAAGCCACAAUGUUUGCUAGGAGUAUAUAUCAAAGUUACAAAAAGUUAAAACUGCAAGGCAAGGUUUAACAAACUACAAGGAUAAGAGGACGGUAUUAUUGACAGCAUGGUUACCAAAAUAGCAUGUCUGCUGUGAAAGCUUGUUUCGCUGUUGCUGGAAUGCUCAUCAUCGAUUGAUCUAAAAAGCCAUUUUCAUCUAUUUGGUGACACUGCAUUGAUCCAAGGAGAGAGGGAGGAUUCUGGUCUGUUUGUCUGCUGUCUCUUGAUAAGGAGGGUCAGAGACCUCAGAAACGUGAGCGAGUCCCUGUCUUAUCCAAGGAUAUUUCGGAGAAUGUUGUGAUCAUUGGAGGUUUAAACGUUUGACUCUCUCUCUGAACUCCAGCUAUACAACUAUUUUGGAGAUGAAUGAAAUGGAUUUGUAGCAGAUAAAAACUACCCAAAACCUUGUACACCAAAAUAUCUGUGUGGAGGAAAGAUAAAGGUUUGGUUUGUGGCUCUGUUUUUUUCUCUGGGUUCACCAGGUAUAGCUGUGUUUAAUUCUUGUAAAAGAUGCGACUGUAGCCCCAGUUGAACACUGUCUCUAUUUCCCCUCCCAUAAACUACAUAACAUAUAAUGAAGACCUUCUUCAAGCAAAGAUGAUGUGACAUCCAUCAGUGAUGAGCAACAUUUUUUCAGGGUAACUCAAUAUUCGAAAUGUUCCAACUAAAGUAAAAUCACUUGUCUGUCAUGUGUUGGGAUAAUCUGACACAAUCUUCUCCAAGCUCCUUUAAACAUGCAAAAAAGAACCUGACAGCCUAAAAAGCUCUUCCUGGUGGAUGCACAGACUAACAGCUCAAUGUAUACAGUUAGCGUCAGUGCUUUGUGCUGUGUUGCUGCUUUGGCAUGAACGGACAGGUGAUGA